CUCUGGUGAUGGUAAAAUCUUUCCUGCCCUCUAGGGAUGGUGUGGUCGGACGUGAAGCGUCUAUGGUACGAAGGCUUGGAGGACUUCCUGGAUGAGUCGAGGAAUCAGCUGAGCUUCGUCAUGAACUCUCUCUAUCUGUCCACCUUCGCCCUCAAGAUAGUGGCUCACAGCAAGGUGUGUGUGUGUGUGUCUGUGUGUGUCUGUGUGUGUGUGUGUGUGUGUGUGUGUGUGUGUGUGUGUGUGUGUGUGUGUGUGUGUGUGUGUGUGUGUGUGUGUGUGUGUGUGUGUGUGUGUGUGUGUGUGUCUGUGUGUGUGUGUGAGUGUCUGUGUGUGUGCGUGUGUGUGUUUGUGUACUAACGUGAUCUCCUCUGUGCCAGUUUAAGAAUGUGGAGGACACAGAGAGGAAAAACUGGGAUGCCUUCCACCCCAUCCUGGUGGCUGAGGGGCUGUUUGCCUUCGCUAACGUCCUGAGCUACCUUCGACUGUUCUUCAUGUACACCACCAGCUCCAUACUGGGCCCACUACAGGUACACGCACAAACUAACAGACACACACACACACACAGUACAUUAGCUAUCACUUCUGCUACUAGCAGCAGAAGGAGCACAAUCACCAACAUCAUCAUUCUAUCAUCACCUCACAUGGAAACUAUUUCCCUGGUGAACAUCCCAAUUAAUAAAGAUUCAUUCUGCCAUUGUUUCUCCUCCCCUCUCUCUCCUCCGUCCUCAACACUGGGCCAAAAGUCUGUUUUGAAUAUUCAGCUGGAGUUCCUGUAGUGCCAUAGAAUAGGUGUCUCUCUUUAUUUCAUUAGAGAAACCUUCAACCUCUUCCUCACUGUCUCAGCCUGCCAGCUAGGAUCAAAGUCCCAGCUCUCUCCAUUGUGUGUGUAUUUCCUAUUUUCCGUGGCCAGGAAUCUCUUUUUCUCUAUUCAAUUUGGCUAGAUUUACGGACAUAAGGAAAUAUGGCAAUUAAUUAUAAUACAAGCAUUUAUGAAUGAGUGAUGAGGUCAUUCUGCUCCAAGGACUAUUUUCAAUGUCUUGUUAUUAUGUGAAAGGGUUGUUUGUGAUUUUGCUAUCAAACAGCAUGACUCUCCUGUGGAUUGUCAUGGGAUAAUACUUCUAAUACCAAAAGGUGCAAAAAAGGGUUCUUCGGUUGUCCCUAUAGGAGAACCCUUUGAAGAACCACCUUAGGUUCCAGGUAGAACCCUUUUCGGUUCCAUGUAGAACCAUUUCCUCAGAGGGUUCUACAUGGAACCCAAAAGAGUUCUACCUGGAACCAAAAAGGGUUCUCCUAUAGUGACAGUCGCAGAACCCUUUUGGAACCUUUUUUCUAAGAGUGUACCUUACUUCAGUCUCUCUCUCGCGCCGCGCGCGCGCGCGAGCGCGCGCGCGCGCGCGCCCGCGCGGGCGCGCGGCGGGGCCCCGGGCGCGACGAGCGAGAGAGGGAGCGAGCGAGCGCGAGAGAGAGCAGAGCGAGCGAGGAGGAGCGAGGCGAGCGAGAGAGAGCGAGCGGAAGCAGAGCGAGAGAGAGAGAGAGAGAGAUAGCGAGCGAAGCGAGAGAGCGAGAGAAGAAGCGAGCGAGAGAGAGCUCAGAGAAUAGAGCGAGAGAGAGAGCGAUAGUCGCGACGAGCAAGAGAGAGAUAGAGAGAGAGAGAGCGAUGAGAGAGAGAGGACAGAGAGCUGAUGCUAGCUCUCUCCUACUCUCUCUUCUCUCUCGCUCUCUCUCUCUCUUCUCUCUCUCUCUCUUCUCUCGCGCGCGCGCUCCGCUAACUCUAUUCUCUACAUGCACCCAAGCUGGAACUGUGACAUCACUGUCUGGUCAUGGGCGGAUGGAAAAGUUAUUAGCUUGGGAAAUAGGUGGCUGUGUGUACCUACACACGCAUGCUCACAUGGCAGACACACCCCUCAAUCAUUGUCUGACACACAUUUACAUACAUGUACACACACAUGUCAUGCAAACAACCACUUACAUUAACAUAUGAGCUCACAUUCUGUAUGGACAAAUACUUUGUCUCUCUUUCUCUCUCACACACACGCACACAGAGAGGCCAACUAACUCUUCUACAGAGGAAGUACCCCACACAGAGGCCCUCCUAGCUAGAAAUUGUGUGUGUGUGUGUGUGAGAGAGAGAGAGAGAGAGAGAGAGAGAGAGAGAGAGAGAGAGAGAGAGAGAGAGAGAGAGAGAGAGAGAGAACUAGUUGGAACGGUACAGCUGAAUCACCACUUUUUCAGAGUGAGGUCCCUCAGGGCCUGUGUCUAACUCUGAUUACAUUUCAGGAGGUUGUGUGUGUAGGUGUAUGUAGGUGUGUGUGUGUGCAAGUGUAGGUGUGUUUGAAAGGUGUGUGUGUCCACCCCUCCCCUCCUGCGUCAGUACCCCCUAGCCAUGCAGACCAUGCUGAGACCAGGGAACACCCAAAGCUACUAAAUCAGCCAUCUACAAAGAGCCGCUAGGGAGGGACGGGGGAAGUAGAGGGACUGACCGGAUCAGAUGAUAGGGGAAACACUGGGGAGAUUCACAUGUGACAAGAUAAUAAAUCAUACUAAUGGAGGAGCUGCUCUCUCUCUUUCUCUUUCUGUCCCAAAACAACCUGGCGAAUUGCACCUUGUGGUCAUCCCUCUCAGCUCCUGUUGGCUCCUGGUUAAGGAAUGAGUCUUCUCACUGACGUCCCUCUCACACUGGACCAUCUGUGUGUAUGUGGAACAGGGGUGUUUGGGAUGGUUAGGCCUGGGUCAGGGAGCUACAGGUCUGCGUAAACAGAUACACCACCAGCCAUGCUCUCAGGGCUAUAUAUAGAGACUUAAACCCUGCUCUCAGAACAGUUUCAAUGUCCUUCAGCUUUGUCAAUGUUUAUCUGUGUGCUACCUCAACUCGCUAGGGUACCUGCUUGUCAAGGUUGUUUUUAACAGAACAGUUCUCUUCAGUAGGUGCUACAGAGAAUAACUAUUUGACCAUGUUUAUUUGCUCACUCUAAAGAUAGACAUCCUAAUGAAUGGGGUUGGCUUUCCAAUGUAGCUCUUUUGGACAUUGAUUUACUAGGCAUAAGUACACAUUACUAUCCCUGGACUUGUUUGCACCUGGGUGGUUGGUUGUGUGUUAGCUAGUCUGUUUUCAUCCAGGGUUGUGUUCAUUAGGAGUCACACACCGUAGCAAAAAUGUUUUGCAACGGAAAACAAAAAUGUGUGUUUUAUUAUUGGACAAGCUCAGUUAGUAGUUACCUCCCAGUCAGAAGAUGGUAAUAUUAGCUCAUGAGUGCUCUUGUGUUCCCAGAUCUCCAUGGGCCAGAUGCUGCAGGAGUUUGGGAAGUUCCUGGGUCUGUUCCUGCUGGUGCUCAUCUCCUUCACCAUCGGCCUGACGCAGCUCUACGGGAAGGACCAGAAGGACCCGGCCAAGAGCCCCGCCAAAGACUGUGAGGGCAUCUUCUGUCAGCAGCAGAGCAACGACGCCUUCCACACGUACGUACAGUCUACCUAAAUUCUCUCUCUCUCCCCUUUCCCUAUUUCACAGGUUCAUGGGUACCUGUUCUGACUGUCAACCUCUGACCCAUAGAGGUCCAAUAAUUCGCUGUUCUACUGUAUAUGUCAUUCUAUUUUCCAUAACCUCCCUGUCGACAGGUUCAUGGGUACUGUACCUGUUACUCCCUGUUCCGGCCUCUAACCUCUGACUUUCCUGUUGACAGGUUCAUGGGGACGUGCUACGCGCUGUUCUGGUACAUCUUCUCUCUGGCCCACGUGGCUCUCUUCGUGACCCGGAUCAACUACACGGAGGAGCUGAGGUCGUUUGUGGGAGCCCUCAUCGUGGGCACCUACAACAUCGUGGUGGUCAUCGUUCUCACCAAGCUGCUGGUUGCCAUGCUGCACAAGAGCUUCAGGCAGAUCGCUGUAAGUCAAUCAAGCGAUCAAUCAAUGUGGUCAAUCCAAUUUAUUAAAUUAAAUCAAUCCAAUUUAUUUAUCAAACCUGUUUUGCAUCAGCAGUUGUCACAAAGUGCUUUUCAGUAACCCGGCCUGAAUUGACUGCACAGGCCAAGUUACAGAAAGUGACAUUGUCCAUCAAGUUACAAUAACAACAAAAACAAUAGGACUUGAUUAGUCUAGCUAUAACACUGUAUCUAAGUGUUAAUUUGGAGUGCUUUAUUUUCGAUUCAGUGUUUGAAGUUCAGGCAAAGAUCAGCCGUAUAAUUCACAUCAAUUACUCAACUUUAAUGCUUCUGUCACGGAUUCACGGAUUCAGCCGAGGCUGCCCCUCCUCCUUGCUCGGGCAGGCUUCGGCGUUCGUCAUCCCCGGAGUACUAGCUGCUACCGAUUUAUGUUUCUGUGUUUGACUUGUUUGGUCUUUAUUGUGUACACCUGUUUCCCAUUAUGUUGUAUUGUCUUACCUAUAGAACCCUCUGUCUUUCAUUGUGUGUUGUGUGUGAUUGUAUUCGUCAUCAGCAGUAGUUUGUGUGCGGGUUGUUUUCCUCCCUGUGAGGAGGUUGUUUAUACUCUGGUUACUUUUGAGUAAAGUACGUUUCCAGUAAGCUCUGUGUCCUGCGUUUGACUUUGCCUACCGCUCUGACAGCUUCAUAAAUUACACUUACCCUUCAUCAACUCUACAAUCAUCAUUCUGAAUGAAAAACACAAAUAUACUCCAAGAACACUUCAGACUAACACAUGGUAGUGAUUUCUUAACAUUUCUCUGUCGAUUAACACAUUCCCCUAUUUUCUCAGUGAAUUCCUUAAUCUCCCAUUUAAUUCAAUUUCCCUCUAAAUCCCCUAGAACCACGAGGAUAAGGAGUGGAAGUUUGCCCGCGCCAAGCUGUGGCUGAGCUACUUUGACGACAAGUGUACCCUGCCGCCGCCCUUCAACAUCCUACCCUCCCCCAAGACGGUGUGUUACCUUCUGACCAGUAUGAGUAAAUGGAUCUGCUCCCACACCUCCACGGGGAAGGUCAAGAGACAGAACAGCCUCAAGGUAAGAGAGAUGUGAAACAAUCAAGAAGUGAUACCUCUGUAUACUUUAAAAAUAAUGACCGUUUCCCAUCUUAUCCUCCCAUGAUAUCCAGAGAAGUAGGCACUGUAUUCAGUCUCAAACCCUAAACUCCCAUGUUGUUGUUGUCCCAUCCAUCCAGGAGUGGAGGAACCUGAAGCGGAAGCGUGAUGAGAACUACCAGAAGAUCAUGUGUUGUCUGGUCCAUCGCUACCUGACGUCCACCAGGCAGAAGAUGCAGAGCACCGACCAGGCCACCGUGGAGAACCUCAACGACCUGCGGCAGGACCUCUCCAAGUUCCGCAACGAGAUGAGAGACCUGCUGGGAUUCAGAACCUCCAAGUACGCCAUGUUCUACCCCCGGAGCUAAGACUGACCUGGUCUGAACCUCAACCCAACCAUGUUCUAACCUUGGAGCUAGGACUGAUCUGAUCUCAACCUCCACCCAACCUCAACCAACCAGCUAAGACUGUUCUCAACCCCAACCACAACCCCAGCCACCCCUGUCAGCUUCGUCACCCAGGUGGUCCUAUCUCUGACCCUAGCAUGCUCAGAAAUGACCUUGUGUCCAGUCACAGAGGAGAGACAUUUAAACCUGGAACUCAACUGGAAAUAUAUAUAUUCUGCACCAAAGUCUCCAGAUUCAUCCAGAUCCCUUAUGUAAUAAUAUUCAGUCAUCCUCCUUGUUUUCUAAAAAUGUCUUCAACAAAGGACUUAAUAAAAUGUAUUGGAAAAUACAGA